CGCCCCCCUCCCCGCCGUGACUCGCCCCUCCCUCCGGUGGCCCGGCCUCUGCCCCCUCCCUCCUCAACCCCCUCCUUCGUCGCAGCCCGCGCUGCCCCGCGCUGCCCGGCCCGCCCCCGGCACUCCUGCCCCGCGCACCUCCGGGUUUCCAGUCCCGUGCCCUCGGGCUGGAUCUGAGUCACUGGGAAACUGGGCUCUGAGUCAGGCCCUAACUAGCUUGGGUACGGGGGCCCAGCUGCGGAGAGGCAGAAAGGCCAGAACUGAUGCUGGGGCGAGAGAGAGUCCUGGUCAGGACCCCAUGGGGAGAAAGUGUGUGAGAAGCUAACAGGCAGAGGCAGAGAGACAGAAAUCUGGAGUCACAUACACCUAAAGGUCUAGUUAAAAUUGGAGACUCAGGCAAGGAGAGGCUUAAUGACAGAGCAAAAGAAGGAGGGGAACAAAGAUGGAUUUAGAUAGAGGCAGUGACCGAUAGAGUGGGGUAGAGAAAGGGACAAGCAGAGAGAAAACUCUAAGACAGGUCCAGAGAAUAGACCAGGGUCAGGGUCAGGAUGGCCGAACGGGACAAAGCCUCAAAGACUUGAGCCCAAAGGCACGGGAAAGGGAAAGGGAAAGCUCAGAGGAAGAAGAUUUGGAGAAAGCAGAGGUAGGGGGAUGUCAUUUCACACUCUUGAGUCGCUAUAGGGAGGGUGCUCACGUGUGCAUGCAUGUGUGUGAACAUGCUUCAGGUUGGUGGAGAGUGAAGACCCUGGAGUACCCCUGGCCUCUGGGCCCUCCUCUUUCCAGCCCAAUUCUCCACCCUAUCCCCAUUCCCCAGGUGGCCUGUUUCCACGGCCAGGACCCCACUUGCUGAAACUAGUUAGGGCUCUCUGGGCAGCCUGUCCAAGGCAGACAGGAUGUGGGGGCGGCCAGGGCUGGAGGGACAGGAAGGAAGUCUGAGCAGAGACAAUAGGUGGAAGGGGAGGAGGAACUGGGAAUGACCAGGAUUAGGAUGGCCGAGCUUGUACCUCAGUUCUGAAAACCAGGGGGGUGGAAUCUCCACCUCUUCCCUCCUCUUGUGCCACAGCUGCCCCUGUACCCACCUUAGGCCACGUAAUGAGGCCCCUCUUCCCACCAUCCCUUUCCAUCCUGCCCCCGCAGGCUUCUGUCAUCUUGUCCCAUGCUGACUUGGUUGAAUGCAAUAAAGCAGAGGCAGAGCUUUGAUCCAGACCUAGGGUGGUCAGGAGCGUGGGGGCCAACACUUCCACCAAUUUGUUGUGAGCCUGGGGCAAGCCUCUUCCCUUCUCUGAGCCUCAGUGUCCUCAUCUGCAAAUGAAGAGAUUCCUCUAUAAUAAGAAAGCCCUUUCUGAUGUUCUGGGACGGCUCUUCCUCCAGAUUGCCGGCCACUGGUCAUUUUUCUUUGGAGGAAGACAAGUCUGGUACCUACCCCCUGUCCAGGCCUCAGACUUUGGGACAGGGAGGGGGAAUCUCAGCCUGAGCCCUUCCUUCACCCUGCCGCUCCCCCCAGCAAUGGCCUGAGCCCCCAUGGCUGCCCCUCAGGACCUGGACAUCGCUGUGUGGCUGGCCACGGUGCACCUGGAGCAGUAUGCAGACACGUUCCGAAGGCAUGGCCUGGCUACAGCGGGUGCAGCCCGGGGCCUGGGCCACGAGGAGCUGAGGCAGUUGGGUGUCAGCGCCACAGGUCACCGGAAACGCAUUCUGCGCCUGCUGCAGGCAGGUGCUGCAGAGGGCUCCCUGGAUUCCCAGUUGGACAGUGCCAUGGAGCCAUCCCCCAGCCUAGCCCCCCAAGCCCAGCCCCCCAAGCCUGUGCCUAAGCCCAGGACAGUAUUUGGUGGACUCAGUGGCCCCACCACCACCCAAAGACCUGGAGUGAGCCCAACCCUCUGGAAACCAGAAGUGUCCAGGAGCCCGGAGUCCAGCCCAAGUUCCCCUCCUCUCCCCACCUCCUCCUCUGAGCAGACUUCAGCCUUGAAUACUGUGGAAAUGAUGCCAAAUGCCAUCUACUUUGGCCUGGACUUAAGAGGCGGGGCACAGACAGCCCAGGACAUGACCCCAGACAGCUCCCAGGCAGCUGCCCCCACCCCUGCCCUCAGGCCCACAGCAGGCACAGUACAUAUCAUGGACCCUGGCUGCCUGUACUAUGGUGUCCAGCCCGUGGGGGUCCCAGGGCCACCUGACAGAAGAGAAGGCAGAGGUGUCUGUCAGGACCGGGUUGAACACAGGCUCAGCAGACAGGAUCUGGAAGCACGGGAGGAUGCUGGCUAUGCUAGCCUUGAGCUGCCUGGGGAUUCUACCCUCUCACUGCCCACCCUGGACAUGGAGAUGAAUGAUGACCUCAUUUCACCCUAUGCCAGUUUCUCAUCCACAGCAGACCGCCCCACGCCCCUGCUCAGCGGCUGGCUAGACAAGCUCUCCCCUCAGGGAAACUACGUUUUCCAGAGGCGCUUUGUGCAGUUCAACGGCAGGAGUCUGAUGUACUUUGGCAAUGAUAAGGAUCCCUUCCCCAAGGGUGUGAUCCCUCUGACUGCCAUUGAGAUGACCCGCAGCAGCAAGGAUAACAAGUUCCAGGUCAUCACUGGCCAGAGGGUGUUUGUGUUUCGCACAGAGAGCGAGGCCCAGCGGGACACCUGGUGCUCCACACUGCAAUCCUGCCUGAGGGAGCAGCGCCUCCUGGGCCAUCCCCGGCCCGCUCAGCCACCCCGACCCCUCCGCACAGGCAUGCUAGAACUUCGUGGACACAAGGCCAAGGUUUUUGCUGCUUUGAGCCCUGGAGAGCUUGCCCUGUACAAGAGUGAGCAGGCCUUUUCUUCCGGCAUCGGGAUCUGCUUCAUUGAACUGCAAGGAUGCAGCGUCAGGGAGACCAAGAGUCGCAGUUUUGAUCUGCUCACGCCCCAUCGCUGCUUCAGCUUCACAGCCGAGUCUGGGGGUGCUCGGCAGAGCUGGGCGGCCGCUCUGCAGGAAGCAGUAACCGAGACCCUGUCUGACUACGAGGUGGCUGAGAAAAUCUGGUCCAAUCGGGCAAACCGGCACUGUGCGGACUGUGGCGCCUCCCGCCCAGACUGGGCUGCUGUCAACCUCGGGGUGGUCAUCUGCAAGCAGUGUGCAGGUCAGCACCGGGCCCUGGGUUCUGGGAUCUCCAAAGUACAGAGCCUGAAGCUGGACACAAGUGUGUGGAGUAAUGAGAUAGUGCAGUUGUUCAUUGUCCUGGGAAAUGAUCGUGCCAAUCGCUUCUGGGCAGGGGCAUUACCCCCAGGUGAGGGGCUGCAUCCAGAUACAAGCCCUGGCCCCCGGGGAGAGUUCAUUUCCCGGAAGUACCGACUGGGUCUCUUCCGGAAGCCCCACCCUCAGUAUCUAGAUCAUGGCCAGCUUCUCCAGGCACUGUGUGCAGCUGUGACAGGACCCAACCUGCUGAAGAACAUGACCCAGCUCCUCUGUGUUGAGGCCUCUGAGGGCGAGGAGUCCUGGUCCCCCUCAGCACCUGAUGGCAGCUUCUCUGGUCUCCUGCUCCCAGACCCUUCCCCUGGCGUGUACAAUGAGGUGGUGGUACCUGCCACUUACAGCAGCUUCCUGUACUGUGGUCCCAUCAGCAACAAAGCUGGACCCCCACCUCCUCGCAGGGGGCGGGAUGCUCCCCCCCGAAUGUGGUGCGUGCUGAGAGCAGCUCUGGAAAUGUUUGUGUCAGAAAGCAGCCCUGAACCCCUCAGCCUCAUCCAGCCCCAAGAUGUUGUAUGUCUGGGUGUGAGUCCCCCACCCACUGACCCAAGUGACCUUGACAGAUUCCCCUUUUCCUUUGAGCUCAUCCUCACUGGGGGGAGGAUCCAGCAUUUUGGCACAGAUGGAGCUGACAGUCUGGAGGCCUGGACCAGUGCUGUGGGCAAGUGGUUCUCCCCGCUGAGCUGUCACCAGCUGUUGGGCCCUGGGCUGCUGCGGCUGGGCCGCCUGUGGCUACGCUCUCCCACCCAUUCAGCCCUGGCCCCUGGCCUCUGGCUGUCAGGGUUUGGACUUCUUCGUGGUGACCACCUCUUCCUGUGUCCAGCACCGGGCCCUGGCUCUCCAGCCCCUGAGGACAUGGUGCAUCUGCGGCGGCUACAGGAAAUCAGUGUGGUUUCAGCAGCUGACACCCCAGACAAGAAGGAGCAUUUGGUCCUGGUGGAAACAGGAAGGACCCUGUAUCUGCAGGGGGAGGGCCGGCUGGAUUUCUCAGCAUGGACCGCGGCCAUUGAGGGGGCUGCUGGCGGGGGCGGCACAGGGCUGCAAGAGCAGCAGAUGAGCCGGGGUGACAUCCCUAUCAUCGUGGAUGCCUGCAUCAGUUUUGUCACCCAGCAUGGGCUCCAGCUGGAGGGCAUAUACCGGAAAGGGGGUGCCCGCGCCCGUAGCCUUCGGCUCCUUGCUGAGUUCCGGCGGGAUGCCCGGUCAGUGAAGCUCCGGCCAGGGGAGCACUUCGUGGAGGAUGUCACCGAUACACUCAAACGCUUCUUUCGAGAGCUCGAUGACCCUGUGACCUGUGCACGGUUGUUGCCCCGCUGGAGGGAGGCUGCUGAGCUACCACAGAAGAAUCAGCGCCUGGAGAAGUACAAAGAAGUGAUUGGCUGCCUGCCACAGGUUAACCGCCGCACGCUGGCUACCCUCAUUGGGCAUCUCUAUCGGGUGCAAAAGUGUGCUGCUAUAAACCAAAUGUGCACGCGGAACCUGGCCCUGCUGUUUGCACCUAGUGUGUUCCAGACAGAUGGGCGGGGGGAACAUGAGGUGCGGGUGCUGCAGGAACUCAUCGAUGGCUACAUCUCUGUCUUUAAUAUUGACUCUGACCAGGUAGCUCAGAUUGACUUGGAAGUCAGUCUUAUCACCACCUGGAAGGAUGUACAGCUGUCCCAGGCUGGAGACCUCAUCAUGGAGGUUUAUAUAGAACAGCAGCUCCCAGACAACUGUGUUACCCUGAAGGUGUCUCCGACACUGACUGCUGAGGAGCUGACUAACCAGGUAUUGGAGAUGCGGGGGACAGAUGCUGGGAUGGACUUAUGGGUGACGUUUGAAAUUCGUGAGCACGGGGAACUUGAGCGGCCCCUGCACCCCAAGGAAAGGGUCCUAGAGCAGGCCCUUCAAUGGUGCCAGCUCCCAGAGCCCUGCUCAGCCUCCUUGCUCUUGAGAAAAGUCUCCCUGGCCCAGGCCGGCUGCCUCUUCACAGGUAUCCGCCGCGAGAGCCCAAGGGUGGGUCUGUUGCGAUGUAGGGAGGAGCCACCCCGCUUACUGGGAAACCGCUUCCAGGAGAGGUUCUUUCUGCUGCGUGGUCGUUGCUUGCUGCUGCUCAAGGAAAAGAAGAGCUCUAAACCAGAACGAGAGUGGCCUUUGGAAGGUUCCAAGGUCUACCUGGGCAUCCGAAAGAAGUUAAAGCCUCCAACACCGUGGGGCUUCACAUUGAUACUGGAGAAGAUGCACCUCUACCUGUCCUGCAGUGAUGAGGAUGAGAUGUGGGAUUGGACCACCAGCAUCCUCAAAGCCCAGCACGAUGACCAGCAGCCAGUGGUCUUACGACGCCAUUCCUCCUCUGACCUUGCCCGUCAGAAGUUUGGCACCAUGCCUUUGCUGCCCAUCAGAGGGGAUGACAGUGGGGCCACCCUCCUCUCUGCAAAUCAGACCUUGCGGCGACUUCACAACCGGAGGACCCUGUCCAUGUUCUUUCCAAUGAAGUCAACCCAGGGGUCUGUGGAGGAGCAAGAGGAACUGGAGGAGCCUGUCUAUGAGGAGCCAGUGUAUGAGGAAGUGGGAGCCUUCCCUGAACUGACCAAGGACACCUCUACCUCCUUCUCCACCAUGAGAGCUCAGACAGCCAACCCUGAGACUCCCCUCACCAGCCAGAGGUCCUUUGAUCAACCCUUUUUCCCCAAGGCAGGUGCCCCAGGCCCAGAGGAAAGGCCACCAGAGCUCCCUCCAGGCCCCCUUUCAAAGAGCAGCUCCCAGGCACGUGGGUCCCUGGAGGAACAGCUGCUCCAGGAACUUAACAGCCUCAUCCUGAGGAAGGGAGAAACCACCAUAGGCCUAGGAAGCCCCUCCCAGCCCUCCAGCCCUCAGUCCCCGAGCCCCAAUGGCCUUCUGACACAGACGCCUGGCUUCCCCACCCAACCUUCCUCUUCUUCUAGUUCACCCUCCAGCCAGCCCCUCACAUGACCCUAAGACCAGAAGUCUGAAGGGGUAGGUAACCAGAAGACCCAAGUUCUCACCAUGGCAGACACUGCUGGGAGCCUCCUCUGCUCUGGAUGGAAAGACUCUAAAAUCCAGUGCGGUGCUAUGGAAAGACCACAGGACUCAGGGCUCUGGACUCUCCUGCCCAGAGAGGGUCAGAAUGUGGCCCUCACUGAACCUCCACUCAUUAUAUGUACCAUGAUGUCACUGAAAUAAGGAGAACAGUGAACAUCAAACUGUUUCUUAGAGCAGUAAGCCCCACAUAUUUUUCCUCAUCAAGGACAACUCCUCCUUAUAUAUUUGAUAUGUAGGUGUCCUGUGAGACAUUUUGGGUUUGAAAAGAAUGGUUUUACUGCAUUAAAUAAAAAAAAGGAUUUGGAAGCCAGAGAGCUGAAUGAUUUCCAAGUCUAUCCUACCCCACCUCCUACAUUUGGGAACUACAUUGAAGACCUAGUGUCGGGAGAUUGAUUGGGGUUGACAGUUGGGGUAAAGAGGAGCCAAAAAAGAUGUGUCAUUGUUAAUAAAACAAUGGAACAGUGGAACAAUGGAAUAAAACAGCCUUGGAACCAAAGGCUACUGUUGCUUCAUUCAUUCAUUCAUUCAUUCAACAAAUAUGUAU